AUGAAUACCGGAAAUUCAUUACAACAAGAAAAUGUGACAAUAAGAAGACCUGCUAAGUGUAACUCGGAGAAUGACUUAACGAAACUAGAGAUCGAUAUGACAUCAUCGUCGACAAUGUUAUUUGAGAAUACUAUGGACAGUUUACCGAAUUUAUCAACAAUUGAGAAUCCUAUAGUAGUUGAGUUAAAAAUAAAUAAUAAUAAUUUAGCCUUAAAACUACAGUCAGCGCAUAAAGAAAUUGAAAAUCUAAUAACAGAAAAUUUUAAACUUAAACGUGAGUUGGAAAAUUGUCAAAUGGUAAUUAAAACACUAAAACAAUUAAAUUCAACUCAAAAUAACGAAGCACGAUCUACAAACUCAACACCGAGAAGAAAGGGAACUAAACAAAAUAAACUUAAACCACUACAAGAUAUCCUGUCACCAUUGCUUAAUAAUAUAAAAUCUACAAAUCAAGAUUCUACGGCUGAUAGUAGUAUACUGACAGUUACUGGUGAUAUAUUAACUAAAGACAGUAAAACGGAUACUGCAACAGACACUUAUACAUACUCUGACAGUAACAUGCACAAAAAAGAAAACAGUAAUAUGCGGAUCACUAAAAGAUAA